CAAGGCACCAACAAGGCACCGACAAGGCUGCCGGAGCUUCGUCACUCGCAGGCGAACGUCGUCCAGCUCCAGCUCCAGCUGUUCCUCCCAAGUCAAGAUCCCCCACCGUCUCCUCUGCUUGCCAACCGCGACUCCUCCCUUCUCUCCCUUGGUAUCAUCCGCUUUCUCGUCUUCCAAAUCCUACGUUUUUACUGUCGUCGCUCUGCCUGGCGCUGAGGCAUCGCUGUCGCCAUGCCAGGUUUCGACUUCUCCAACUACAACCGCAACGCGGCGCUGCACGCCAAGGGAGUGCCCCUACCCAAGGCCACCAGCACCGGUACCACGAUCGUGGGGUGCAUAUACGACAAUGGCGUUGUGAUCGCAGCAGAUACCAGAGCCACCAGUGGUCCUAUAGUCGCGGAUAAGAACUGCGAGAAACUCCACUACAUUACUCCCCAGAUCUGGUGUGCCGGUGCCGGUACAGCUGCAGACACAGAAUUCACGACCGCUCUCAUCAGCUCCAACCUGGAGCUGCACUCCCUCUCGACGGGUCGACGACCACGCGUUGUGACCUGCAUGACCAUGCUGAAGCAACACCUCUUCCGAUACCAAGGUCACAUUGGCGCCUACCUUGUCAUCGCGGGCGUUGACCCUACCGGUGUCGGUCUCUACACAGUCCACGCUCACGGUUCGACGGACAAGCUACCAUAUGUGACUAUGGGUUCGGGUUCUCUUGCUGCGAUGUCCGUCUUCGAAUCCACGUGGAAGCCCAAUCUGAACCGCGACGAGGCUGUGGCUUUGUGUGCGGAGGCCAUCAAGGCGGGUAUCUUCAACGAUCUCGGCUCCGGUAGCAAUGUGGACGUGUGUGUUAUCGACAAGGACAAGCCCACGAAGCUGCUGCGGAACUACCUCAAGCCGAACGAGCGUGGCCAGAAGGAGCGCAGCUACCGCUUCCCCAAGGGAACCACGGCCUAUCUCAACGAGAAGAUCAUCACGAAAGAGGAUAUCCGACGAUAUGUCACGGUGGAGGAGCUCUCCAGCGACGACCAACAAGCCGUUGCUGAGAAGAUGGAGAUCGAUACAUAGCCUGUAUUACCAACGAACUGUUAAAUGAUAAUCUUGGAGAUGGAAUCAUACCCAAUGCAUUUCGAUCUCUCCCUUGCCUUAUUGAAUUCCUCUUUGUACUACAUGCCCGCCCGAUAAAGUGAAAGUUAAGAAAACGUGUUUUCCUUUGACAGCAUUCCCGGACACGGAGCGGCACUGGAAGGAAAGACGGCUUCGAAUUUUAUGUAUCACUAUCGAUGACUCUUAAUCAAUGCCGAUGUUCAAGACGUCCAUACCUUAGAUAUACCAGGCCCAUUAGAUAAAAAAAAAUCACAGAAGAACGCUACGUAGGGAUAAGGAACGCAG